AUGUCCACGCAAAAGGCUCUUUUCCUCGAGAAAAAAUUUGGCGAUUUCGUCCUGGGUGAAGCGCCCAGGUAUAACCCUGGACCAGGCGAGGUCUUGGUGAAAAUUCUGGCGACGGCGCUUAAUCCUUUGGAAUGGCUCGUCCAGAAGUACAGUCUUCUUGUGGAGAACUACCCCGCAAUCCUGGGGUCGGACAUCGCUGGUGAAGUGGACGCCGUGGGUGAAGGUGUCACGGAUUUUCAGAAGGGAGAUCGAGUCUUCGGACAAGGGCACUUCCUAAUUGACGGUCGUAAGGCAGGGUUCCAGCAAUACGCGCUCUUUCCUGUUUCAACAACUGUGAAGAUACCGCCAAACAUUUCAUUUGACGAAGCUGCAGCUCUUCCCGUGGCCGUGAUUCGCUCCUUUGUCGCAUUUUACAUCCCACCACCCUUUGGACUCGGCCUUACUUUACCAACAACACCACAGGGGGCAGCGAAGUACACUGGGACACCCAUCGCUGUUAUCGGCGGUGCGACCUCUGUGGGUCAAGCGGGGGCGACAUAUGUCUUUGAUCGAGACCUUUCCGCCGAGUCAUUGAAGUCUGAAGUUGACCGAGUCACGACGAGCCAGCCUUUGACGAUUCUUUUCGACGCCGUCUCCAACGAGGAGUCUCAGAAAGCAGGACUAGGCCUUCUUGCUCCCGGAGGGCGACUUGUCACUGUUCUUCCUCUCGCAAUCAACUUGAAGGCCGACGAUAACAAAAGUGUUGUGUCUGUUACGACUGGAGCAGCUUCAGCUGUCCCCGCCAACGGGAAGAUAUUGGCAGACUUUUGGCACAACCAUAUUGCCAGACUCCUAGAAAGCGGGGAUAUCAAGCCUAACCGAGUUGAAGUUCUCCCGAAUGGCCUUGCCGGGAUUCCAGAGGGUCUAAGGAGGUUGGAGACGAAUCAGGUUUCCGGAGUGAAGCUCGUAGUUCAUCCUCAUGAAACUGGAGCUUGA